AUGACGAGCCUAGCGAGCUGGAGGCUGGACCGAACCAAAGAGCCCCGGGUGAAAGUACGGGACAGGAGAGAGAAGGCGGACCACUCGGACCACUCUGAAAUUGAGGAGGGUGAGAUCGUGGGGGCCACCGAGAGGGACGGAGGGAAUAGGGAGGAGAGAGGCCGGGAAGGAAUCGUUCCUCUCGUCCUCCCCAUCUCCUCCGGCAGUCCUUUCCUCCACGGGGGAGCUAAGCCGGAGAGGAUCCUGAGGGUGUUGGAUGGGGAUAGCUUUGUGUCGGUGCGGGCUGAUGGGGACUGGGGGGGGCCGGUGAUGCCUGGCAUGGAGGAUGGGGAGCCCAUGGAGGAGGAGGAGGAAGAAGAGGAAGAGGUGGUGGUCGGCACCUCCCAUCGUCUCCUCACACCCUCCUUCUGCCCCCCUCCCUCCACUGCCGAGAAGGACAAGAGCUGCAAGUCCUCCAAGAGUUCCAAGGAGAGGGAGCGGCGCAAGCGGAAGGAAGGAAAGGAUCUCAAUGGCUCUGACCUGUUUGCCAUCAAGCGCACCAUCACGGUCACCACGACCACCACCACCACUCUCCCCGGUUCCCCCCCGCUGGCUCCAUCCUCCCCCCACAGCCCCCCCCAGGGCUCGGACAAGCCCCACAAGAGGAAGAAGAAGAGGCGUCGGCGCUCGGACGAAGAGUUGGAAGAAGGCAUGGGCCGGCGUGGGAGCCGCUCCCUCUCGCCGCCGUCACAUUACCAUGGCUAUGACUCGGACCACUUUUCAGACAAACUGGAGAUAAACAUGCACUCUCUGGACGGGGAGGCCCUGGACUCAGACUACCCCUCUAUAGAAGACUCCCCACCCCCUCCCCAGCUUCUGGAACCCGCUGCUCCCAGCGCCAAACCCAAGACCGCCAACAAACCUGGACGCCACCACUUCAAGAAGAAAUCCCGAACGGGGAAGAAAGCUGGUCAGUCCGAGUCGUCCUCUUCCUCCUCGGUUCGACCCAAAGGCAAGGGGCUCUCCACUGCCUCACUCUCCCCAACCCAGGCCGCCCUAGCCACCCUCCCCUCGGCCAAACGAGGUCGGAAGAUGGGGAAGGAGAAAGAUCGUGGGGAAAAAGGGGGAAAGAAAGAGUCUGGUCGGUCUGGCAGGUCCAAGAAAUUAAGCGGUGGUGGGAGGAAAGCCAAGCUGCAAUCCAAAGUGUCAGUGCUCGUGCGUGAGGGCGUGAGCAGCACCACGGGGGGCCCGGUGGGCUCUGGGAAGCUGGGCAUGGAGCUCCUCGGGGCAGGCGGGUCAGUAGGGGGCUCUGGUAUGCCGGUGGUGGGAGGUUCCAUUGCGGUGGUCUUUAGGAGGGACAAUGAGAGCAGGUCUCCGUUCCUCAAGCCCUGCUCUGAGCCUCUAUUGCUGAGUGGACGCAACAAGGACCUGGGGAAGGUGGGCAAACGCAGUUCCCUGGCCGCUCCCCCUUCCUCCUCGCUGGCCAAUCCCACGGUGGCAACACUGAAGUCCAAGAAGGCCAAGCCCAGCUCCACCACCUCCACUUCCUCCUCGGCGUCUUCGCCCUCAUCGUCCCUGGCAACCAAGCGUAGGCGGCGGCUGGCGAAGAAGACGCGGGGAGAGAAAAGCUUAGCCGCUGGUUUGACGGACGUGGAUGGCGCCAUGGCCAACUGUAGCUCUGAGGGCGGCGGCUGGGGUGGACCUUCCUCCGACAUCCAAUCAGGAGUCGGGACUAAACCAUCCAGUCCACACUCUGGUCCAGCCGGUCCAACCCCUUCCUCAUCCUCUUCUUCAUCAUCCUCCUCUUCCACCAGUGUCCUCCCCCCGUCCUCCUCACCCCCCCACACCCCUCCGCCCUCCUUCACCACCUCGCGUGAUGCUCGGGAGUCGUCUCCCGACUCGCAGACUGUGGACAGCAGCUGUAAGACCCCUGAGCCCUCCUUCCUAUCCGAGGACUGCCCCGCUCAGACCCAGAGCACCCCCAACCUGCCCCCCUCCAGUCCCACGUCCGUACCAUCCUCCCAGGGGGGAGGCCUCUCACAAUACGGCCCCUCCAGCAUAAAGCCCCUUCCUCUGGAAGAAGCCUCCAAAUCCCUGGCCUCACCCCCUUGCUCCUCCUCAUCUGGCUCUGCCCUCGCCUCUCUCUCCCUUCCUCCUUCCUCCACAGACCCCUCCUCCUCUUCCUCUUCUUCUGUUUCUUCAUCCUCAGCCAACAAGCUGCCACCGCCUCCUCCUCCCCCUCCUGCUGCCCCUACCCUCCCCUGGAGUCUGCAGACAGGAGUGGACUGCACAGCCGGAGGAGUUUUAGCAUUGACAGCUCUGCUGUUUAAGAUGGAAGAGGCCAAUAUCGCAAGUAGAGCCAAAGCCCAAGAGUUCAUUCAUGCUACAAGCCAGAUUCUCUCCCAAACCAAUCAGAACCAUUCAUCGCAGCAUGCCCCUUCCUCUUCUUCCUCCUCCCAGGUUCCUCCCCCUGGCCCCACCCCUGCCCAGUUCAUCCUGCACAGCUCUCUCCCAAUGGUGGGCUGCACCAAAACCACGCCCAGCCACCUGCACCCUGGCAUGUCUAUGGGUGGCGGCUGUGCCCAGACCCCGCCCCCUCCCAUGCCCUCUGGGUUCUCGGGAGGGUCUGGGGGCUCCAGUGACAUAGGCUGGGACAACGAGAGCAAGGACCCUGACAAGUACCUGAAGAAGCUCCACACUCAGGAGCGUGCGGUGGAGGAGGUGAAGCUGGCCAUUAAGCCGUACUACCAGCGUAAAGACAUUAACAAGGACGACUACAAGGACAUCCUGAGGAAGGCAGUACACAAGAUCUGCCACAGUCGAACGGGAGAGAUCAACCCGGUCAAGGUGAGCAACCUGGUCAAGCUUUAUGUUCAAAGGUACAAGUACUUCAGGAAGCACGGUCGAAAGAUGGACGAGGAAGAGAGGGAGGACAGAGAGAUGGAUUCCUCCUAUUGAUUGGACAUGGGGUCGCACUCCCCCUCCUUCCGUUGGUUCUGCCACCCAACCAAGGACCAGCCCCGCACUCCUUGCACGUGACUGGGCCCAAUGAGGCCGUAGAGUGACAUUUUGUUUUAUUCCCCUCCCUAUUUUCUGUCCCCAUGUAAACUCGUAACAACACCCCCCCCCGUCUCCUGUGUGUCUUGCUGUACAGAAAUGAGUAGAUAUCUGCGAAAUAUACACACGCAGUAUAUGAAUUUUUUAAAAGUACAAUGUUGUGGGAGAGAUGCAGAAUACAUGUAUACACACUUACACAUGCGCGCGCGCGCACACACACACACUGUAUAUACUGUAAGUACACUACACUGACUCUCCUUUCUCUCUGUGUGGUAUAAACCUGUCAUAGUCAGGUGGUUGGUCUGUUGAAUGGAUGGAUGGUUUAAAUAUAGAGAUUUGACACUUGA